GAGUAAAAGCUUGUCCCAUCAAAAUCAAUCAAGUGUGCACAGUGAAAAGAAAAGCAGAGGAAUAAUUUGAGUGUGAAAAUCUUGACAAAGCUGGUAAUUCAGGCAAAGUAUGAUCAGGUGCUGCUGAUUUUCAAGAUUUACUUUUUGUCUUUUACAUAGAGGAGUAUUUGAUAUAAGCAGUGAAAUCAUGUACAGGUAAAACUUAAAAGUACUAACAUUUCUGUUAUUUCUUGAUGUCACCUCAUCCUUUAAUUACUCACACACAGCUUCCCUUUCAAAUAAUUCAACAAAAUAGCAUACUAUUAUUGCUCUUGAAUACACAAACGCCCCUGCAUCAAAGCUGUUGUGCUGGAUUUUAAGGCCAAGCAUGGGUGAAAGUGAUCAAGCAGAAGUGAAGGAUUUGCAGAUGGUGGUUGCAGAGAAAGAAGAGGGGAAGAAGCAGUUGGGGCCAAAAAGAACAUCAAACAAAGACAGACACACUAAAGUUGAAGGCAGGGGAAGGAGAAUAAGGAUGCCUGCUUUGUGUGCUGCAAGAAUUUUUCAGCUCACAAGAGAAUUAGGACAUAAAUCUGAUGGAGAAACCAUUCAGUGGCUUCUACAGGCUGCUGAGCCAUCGAUAAUUGCUGCCACGGGGACCGGGACGAUCCCGGCCUCCGCCCUGGCAGCAACAGGGGGCUCUGUUUCACAGCAGGGAGCUUCUUUAUCUGCAGGAUUGCAUCAUGAGUUUGGUGGGACAGGAGGGAGUGGUAAUAGUAGGGCCAGUUGGGGGAGACCCCAAAUGGGCUCAGCAGGAAUAUGGCCCCCUGCUGCUGCUGGUUAUGGUUAUCAACCAUCAGCAUCUGGUCCAGUGAGUAACAAUUUGGGACAGGAAAGUUCGAAUUACUUGCAAAAAAUCGGGUUUUCGGGGUAUGAUAUGCCUGUUAGUAAUAUGGGGUCUAUGAGUUUUAGUUCGAUUUUGGGUGCCAGUAAUCAGCAGUUACCUCCUGGACUGGAGCUUGGUCUUUCGCAGGAUGGAAAUAUUGGGGUUUUGAGCCAGAUGUAUCAGCAGAUUGGACAUGCUAGAGUGCACCAGAAUCAACAACAUCAGAAUCCAUCUUCGAAAGAUAAUUCUCAAGGUUCAGGACAGUAGAUUGGUGUAGCUUGGGGUAUCGGUGAUUGGUAUUUGUAUGAUUUUAUAUGUGAUGGAAAAUGAGAAUUCUGUAGGCAUUGGAUUUGGUUUUGGGACUGUGUUUUCUGUUUGCCGCUUCAUCCCUGACUCAAUAUACAGGAACAAAAAUACUCAAAGGCAUCCCCAGUAUGAAAAUAUUCCUCAUCUUACAAGGACCAUUGCAGUUACAGGAUGCAUGCUAUGCUUCUGUAUUAAUUACUCUUCUGUGCAAGUCCGAUGUUGUAGAGUUAAUUGUUGAAAGGUAAUCGUUCUCGUCUCUGGAAACCAAUAUUCAUGACAGUUAUACCACUUGGCAAGAUUGUGAGGACUCGGAAAAUUGAAGGAGCGGCCUCAGUCUCCACUUUGUUCAUCUGUCAGCUUGGUAUGUAACACCUACAUCAUUUGAGUGUUCAUCCCUAUUUUACUGUUUUUAUGUGCUUAAUAUAAGUAGGCCUGUCUGUUUAAGUAUCUUUUAGGAAUGCUCUCCAACAAAAACAGCACUGUUCUGCUUUACCCAAAAAAAUCAUUCCAUUUUUUUCACAUUCUGUUUCCUUGGAGUGGUAGACAUUCUGUAACUUUAAAUGCAGGAUAUCAUUUGUGAGUUGUGUUGUCAGCCUAGUUAACAUUCUUAUAUGAAUUUCCAUAGACAAUCUCUUUCGCGGUUCACUUCAUCUUUAAUGGUUUUGAGAAGGAUCACCAGGGAAUCACUUGAUCUGAUGUUAUCGCUUUUGCACAUAACAUGAAUAGGUUUCUCGGCAGAAUAGAUGUCUAGACUUCAGGUUUACUUCAAGUUAUCAUUUAGUCCUGUUUGAACUGCAGCCUGCGCACAAUACAGCCUUUGUUAAUGGAUUUCUUUCCAAUAUCUGGCGCAACAACAAAUCGGAUUGUUGACAAUUUGAGAACAAUUUUUGGUCCAAUAUCCGUUCCAUUAAAGCAGGCAGGAUGAUAGCUUUCAUUCUACUUGUUGAGCAGGGUAAUAAAUUGGUUAUAUGCAAUGAAAACCCUUCUGUGUCUGCCUACUUCAGUAAUAUAGGAAAUUUUACGUGAAAGAUACCGCAAAUCUUAUUGAAGUACAAUCACAGGUUCCACAAAUUUUAAACAGUUUUACCCAACAUUGUGCUCCGAGAGAUUUUUAAAUGUAUUACACAAAGCUGAUUUUUAAAUGUAUUACGAUUUUAAUAUAUAGUAACUAAAAUGAUGACUAGUGAGUCGUGGGCAAAAUGCAAAUUGCUCAUUUUGCUUUAUAAAGAAGACAGCUUGUGGUGACCUGAUGAUUAGUUGCAAAAUUAUUAUGGGUAAAAAGCCUUCUUUUGAAAA